AUGUCCUUUCACCCUAACUGCUCGAGCAUUAACGUGACCAACCUGACGGAGUGCUUGCUGGACACAGACCACGCGAUUCUGGUGACAGAAGCCCCGGCCCCCAACAGACAGCUAGUCAGCGAUGAAAUGAGGCAAACGCUUCAACUGGCUAUCUUCUCCGUCUUUUGUGGUGCGGUCAGCCUCUUUGGUAUCGGCACAAACGUCCUCAACAUCAUCGUCUUCAUCCGCCAAGGCUUCAAAGACACGAUGAACAUUAACCUGCUGGGUCUGGCGAUUGCAGACCUGGGCUGUCUCCUGACUCUUCUAGGCAUGAGCAUUGGCUACAACCCGUACCUCAUCAAAACUGCCGUCUGGUUCAACUUGCAGGAUCUCAUCUAUUUCUUCGACGGAUGGCCUCACGUAUGCAUGACCAGGGUGACUAGCCUAAUCACAACGUUUAUAGCGGUAGAGAGGUGCCUGUGCAUCGCCAUCCCCCUCAAGGUGAAGACAAUCAUCACACACAGCAGAACUAAAGGCAUUAUCGUCGGUAUCUUCGCCAUCAUGGUCGUUGUAUCCUUACCGUUCUAUUACGUCAACAUACUUAUUUGGACCUUUGACCCGGAAAAGAACCAUACCGUUCUGCAGCUGGGCUUCAGGUCUGACAGAGCCAUCGUGGAAGGCAUUAUUUUCUCAAUAAGUAGCGUCCUCAUGCCCUUCGGAUCUUUCCUCGUCGUCAUUAUAUGUACUGUCAUCCUUAUCGUAAAGCUCAACAGCAAAACAAAAUGGCGCCAGAAAGCGACCAGCCAGUUUGCAGGUGGCUCGGACACUUCCGUAAAAGAGAAGAAAGUGAUUAAAAUGGUUACUUUGAUUUCCACCAUCUUCAUCGCUUGCAACGUGCCGGGUAUUGUGACCACGGUAUUCAUGGUUUUCGAACCUGAGUUCAGUGUGUUGGGGGUCUACGCAAAUAUGUUCUUUCUCAGCUGGUCCAUUGCGUUCGCGUUGGGGGGUCUCAAUUCUGCUGUAAACAUCUUUGUCUAUUACACCAUGAGUUCGAAGUAUAAAGAGACAAUGCAAAACUUACUUUCCUGUAAAAAGAAAUGA